UCGAAUUCUAGUUUUCGUCAUCGAUAUGGUGAAAAAGAGAAAAUAUAGAAAACGCGAAAAUGGCGUCAUGUCGUCGUCAGUGUUGUGCUGUGUCGUGCUUUUGUAACUAAAUCUCCGUUUUGACAUCACACUAUUUUCAUCAUCAAAACUUAACAAAAUCAUCAAAUAAACAAAAAUAAAGAACAAAUCUACAGAACCUAGAGUUAAGCUAACUUCCUCAAAAAGCGUUGUUAGAUUUCCAUUCUAUGGAAAUUAACUCGAAGAACUCAAAAAUAAAAAUCAAGCCAACCAAACUCAUAAUUUCUCAAAAUUAAGUAGCAACUGCAACUGAAGCCAAAAAAAAACAAACAAACUUAAAGCAAAGCAAACAAAAAACACCUUAUUCAAACUUUAAAAGUUUAGUGUUAAUUUUUAUUUUUCAAAAAUUUAGUUUACUUUUUUUUAAGCGCAACAACAAAAGUGUCAUUAGAAAAAAAAUUAUCAUUUACGCGUAGUUCUCCAUUUUUCUGGAGCUCAGUGCUACAGAAUAAUUUAAAUAUUAAUACAAAAAAAUAUAAAACAAAAAUACUUAACCCCUCAUAAUCUCAAUACUCAAAAACUUAAAAAAAAAAAGAAAAACAAACAAAAUUUCACAGUGAUAAAAGUGUCGAAAACUAUAAAAGCCCUCUUUGCUGGUCAGCAACAAAAACAACACAAUUUCAAAACAUCUUUGACCAAAACCUUUAAAAUUCGUAGUCCAAAACUAUCCAAUCUUUAAAACAAAAAAGCAAAAGAAACAAAAAUACUAGUUACAAGUCACAAUCCAACAGCACACAUCUUUCGAAAAACUAAAAACAAAAAAUAAAUAUAUAGUAAUUUUAUUCAACCUCAAAUAUAUAUUAGAAAUAUAUUACAAAGCAACAACGGAUCAUUGUUAAUAAAAAAAAAGUGUUUAGUUUAAAAGUUUUUUGCUUUAAAAAAAAUUAAAAAUAUAUAUAAAUAAACAAUAAUAAUUGUAAAAUAAGAAAACAAUAAACAUUAGAUGCCAACGACGGAAAAUAAUAAAUUUGUAAAAUUUGGUUUUCUCUAAAACAAAACAAAACAAAAAAAACAUAAACGGUGAUUCUAAAAACAAAACGUCUAAGGACACAGAACAAAACACACACACCCACUGUUAUCCUGAAAUAUUAGGUCUUAAAAAUAUAUUUAUUCAAAUUCACACUGAAAAGAAAAGAAUAAAAGUACAAAGAUUAAAAUAAAAUAAAAAAGUUAUCAUAAGGUUUAUACAAAUAAUAAAACAAAACAAACAAAAAAAAUAGGAAAAAAGCAAACAAACUAACAACAAAUGUGCGGACUGUUAAAUAUAUAAAAUUAAGUGAAAAACAAAAACAAAAACUAAAAAACAAAAUACAAAAUAUACUAUAAAACGGAAACAAUAAAAAACGGAAUAAUUUAAGGCAUUUUUACGUAUUAAUUAAACAAAAAUAAAACAAAAACAAAAUCAGAAAACAUAAAUAUUAUUAGCUAUAUAUUCAUAUAUAUAUACAUAUAUAUAUGAUAUAUAUAUAUAUCUAUAAGCGUGUGAAUUGCGUGAAUGAAGUGAAGAGAAUUAAAAAGUAGACAAAAACAAAGUUUAUGCAACAUAAAAAUUAACAUCACUGUGAUAAUUAUUAUAAAUUUAUUAUUAAUUAAAACUAAGAAAAAAAAGAAACAUGAAGUAAAAAUUAAAAUAAAAUAAAAUUAAAAAAAAGAACAUUGAAACAAAUACGUGAUAUCUUAAAGGACUUCGAUACAUAUAUAUUAUAUAUAAAAAAACAUAACUCUUAGGUAAAUUAAAAGACUUUGCAAUCUUUAAAACAAAUAAUAGAAAUACAUAUAUAUUUAAUAAUAGUGGUUCUCAUCAAGAAAAUAAAUAUAAAAAUAAAAAUAAUUUAUAUUGAUAAGAUAUAACGAAAAUUUCUCAUUGUGACAUCAACAUUGCAACAACAUGAACAAUAGGUAUAUAGUUAUAAACACAAAAAUUACUACAUUCUAAAAAGUCAAAAAAUCAAAAAAAUAAGCAAAACCAACUGUAACUACAAACGAUUAAUAUAUAUAUAUAUGAAUUUAUUAAAUAUAAAAUUAAUCUCAAAUUAAGUAAAACAAGUUCUUACGUACCUUUCGACCUCCUUAAAUUUGUUCUACAUACAUAAUAUAAUUGUUUUCAUUUUCUAUGGCCUUGCUUGAAGAAGUUUAAAUUUAAAUUUAAAUUAAAAAAUUAAAAAUACAAAAUAAAAUAAAAGUAGUUUUUAACGAAAUAAAAUAAAAUAAUAUAAGAAGCGAUUAACUAACGAAUUUCGUGUUUAAAAGCAAUUAAGUAAUAAUACAAAUAUAAUAAAAAUACAAAUCAAGAGAGAGAGAGAGGCGGAGGCAGCAGGUAUACAGAGUAUUAUUCAUCUUUAAAAAUCCAGUUGUUCGCAAAUCAAAUCAGCCAGCGUUAAAAGGGUUCUUUCUAAUAUGAACACCCAAGCUAAGAACUAUAGAGCCCUAGAAGAAAUUUACGAGAAUUACGAUAAUGGUCCAAACGAUGAUGCUUUUUUUAUGAGCACCAUGAGAAAUCUUAAUAUGCCAACAAGUUUCCCACCAAUUGGAACUUUUACUCUUGACUCAACUUUGGGACCACCACCGCAAACCCAAAGUACAAUUGGGAUUUUCGACGCAAACGAAGAGCAAAAUACGAUUGGGGUAUUCUCGUCGAAUAGCGUUCUUUCGAAUGGUAUCAAUACAACUGGUAAUUCAUCUUCGUCAUCCUUUGGUGGGGCAAGCACCACGGGCAACAAUGAUUCUAGUCAAACGACUCGCGAGACGGGUAUCAUUGAGAAACUUUUGCACUCGUAUGGAUUCAUUCAGUGCUGUGAACGUCAGGCACGGCUAUUCUUUCAUUUUUCGCAAUUUAGCGGUAACAUCGAUCAUUUGAAAAUCGGUGAUCCCGUUGAGUUUGAAAUGACUUACGAUCGCCGUACUGGGAAGCCUAUAGCUAGCCAAGUUUCAAAGAUCGCUCCCGAAGUUGUCCUUUCGGAGGAGCGCGUUACUGGAACUGUAACAACUGAGCUGCGUACCGACUGCGUGAAUAACCUUUUGGCAUCGAACGAGACUACAGGUCGGAUAAGCUAUGAGAACCGUGGUGAAUGUUUCUUUCUACCCUAUACCAAAGACGAUGUUGAGGGCAAUGUCAAUCUUAGAGCUGGCGAUAAAGUCAGUUUUCAGAUUGCUACUAACCAAAGAGGAAAUUUAGGUGCUUGCCAUAUUCGUCUGGAGAACCCCGCGCAGCCAGUUAAGUAUCGUGGUGUUGUUUGCUCGAUGAAGGAAUCGUUUGGAUUCAUCGAAAGGGCUGAUGUUGUGAAGGAGAUAUUCUUUCACUUUUCUGAAGCUGAAGGCAAUGUUGAAUUACGCCCUGGAGAUGAUGUUGAAUUUACUAUUCAAACAAGAAACGGGCGAGAAUUCGCAUGCAAUAUAACUCGUUUGCCUCCUGGGUCUGUUAUUUUCGAAGAUGUUGAUUCAUCAAUUUACAAGGGACAAGUUUUGAAACCAUUGGACCGUAAUAACCCAGCUCGUCAAACUAGCGAUCCACUUCCUGGUCGUAUUCGUUUCCGUGCAGCUGAUUAUUCUGAAGAUGAGGUACCUUUCGGAGACAAGGACCAAAAAGGAGAUUUUACUUUGCGUCACGGCGAUUGGGUCCAGUUUUUGUUGGCAACUGAUAGGCGGGAUCAGUUGCAAAGGGCAACAUCUAUAUCCCUACUCGAUGAGACAUUUAAAGUUUCUGGCGAAAAACGUGAGCAAGGAAUUGUAUCAUCAUUGAAAGAUGGGUUUGGCUUUUUGCGUUGCGUUGAACGCAAUGUUCGUUUAUUCUUCCACUUUACAGAAGUUUUGGAUACUAGCCGUGAGAUCGCUCUGGGAGAUGAAGUGGAAUUUACUUGUGUUCAAGAACCCGGUAUUACUUAUAACAAUUCGCGUUUAAAUGCAAUUCGAAUCAAAUAUCUUCCACCAAAUACGGUUCAAUUUGAAACCUUAAUGGCAAGCAAUAUUGAAGGUUAUGUUACUCGUGAAGCACCUAAAAGCCCAGUUAAGUCACAAGAUCGAGUAGAAGGUGGUGUGAUAACAUACGACCACGGUGACAGCAAAAAGACUAUUAUGUAUUUUCUUAAAGACUGCGAAAAACCACCAAGAAUUGGCGAUAGAGUUCGCUUUGAUAUAUGUUUGGUAAAACGAAACAAAGAAUUCAUUGCUGUUAAUAUAACUCAACUACAACACAAUGCAACGAAUCAAAACAAUCAAUCUGACGAAGCAGUUGCAAAUGGAGGCAACCAAAAUGGAUUCAGUGCUCCUAAAAUUGAAGAUUUUAAAACUGAGAAUAAUAACCUUGCCGAACCGGGCCAUACUUAUCGAGGGUUUAUUGCCGUUAUAAAAGAGAAUUUUGGAUUCAUUGAGACUCUAUCUCACGACGAAGAGGUAUUUUUCCAUUUCAGCAACUAUGUUGGUAACCCGAAUUGGCUAGAAUUGGGCCAAGAAGUCGAAUACACGCUUUCGCCAAAUGGCAACACUUCAGCAUCGGGCAAUUGUUUGCCAGCGGAGAAUGUGCGCACCUUGCCUAAGGGCUCAAUCAAACAACCAUCAGUUUUGGAGCCCAUCUACAAUGGUGUUGUGGCUCGUCCAUUACGUUGCAUUAAUCCUGAUCAACAAGAGUAUGCGGGACUUGUUGAGAUCCUCAAUGACAAAGGGGUUACUGUGUCACAGCAUGAGUUCGGCAUAACUAGUUUAACGAAUCGCCGUGAUCUGCUGCAAAAGAACGAUUUGGUUACUUUUAAAAUUGAUGAGACAGGCCGCGCCGCCGAAAUAACUGCCGUUCGUCAAAAGAAACGUGCUACUGUCGACUCGAUUAAGGGUCAGUUUGGAUUUUUGAACUAUGAAAUUGAAGAAGGCAAAAAACUCUUUUUUCACAUGUCAGAAGUUCAAGGAAGCACAGCAGCUUUACAUCCUGGUGACAGUGUUGAGUUUUCAGUUGUAACAAAUCAGAGAAAUGGCAAAUCAUCAGCAUGCAAUGUUGUCAAAAUAAAUGACAGGCCAGAUAGACUUAUAUCCCGCUUGAAGCUUAAUAGCACCACUGAUGAUUCCUUGCCACGUCUCAUUGUAACUCGAGCUCCCAAAGGACCACAAGGCAAAGGAUUUUCUCCUCAGGCUCGUCUUUAUAGAAUCGCCGGAGCAUUAGUCGAGUAAAAACUCAAGACAACACAUACACUUUAAGUGAUGAAUAAAAUAACAGCAAUUUUUGGCGCCAUCUUCAUCAACAUGCCUGAUUACUGCUCGUCAACUGAAACAAAAUAAUUUACAAAUAAUAAUUAAGUAAAAAUACACAACAAAAUAAUUAUAAAACAAUAUACGAAAAAAAAAUUGAAUUAAAAAAAAAAAAAAGAAAAAAAGAAACAAAAAAUAAACAAAUUAUCAAAACAUUGCA